AUGUCGGCGCCUAGCCCCGGGCGCGAUGGCUUCUCCACGCCUGCACCGCCCCCAAAGCCGCGGCUCAAGCUCAACGUGAGCCGUACUUCCUCCUUCAUCAACGAGGUCGGAGCGGCAAAUGGAGCGACGCCUUCAUCUGCAACCGCGCCGUUGGUCACUCCUGGCGAAGGCCCGCGCAAGCUGAAGCUCAAAAUCAGCUCCUCACAGCCACCGACACCAGCCGGAGGACCAACUGGACCAGCAAUCAAAGACGGAAUACUCAAGAGCGCGAGCAAGGAAAAAGAAGUCAAGAAGGAUAAAGCAAAGGAUGAUGGAUUGCCACCGGUGAUAACGACAAAAGCGGGCCGACAGGCGAAACCGAGUCAGAAGCUCAUCGAAAGCAAGAAGCGCUCGCUUAGCGACGACGAAGACGAGGCGCCGCUGCGUGGAUCGACGACUGGGACGGGUCACGGUCCGCCGGCUGCAACAAAAAUCAAGAUCAGGCCUAUUGUCAAGGUCGGAGCUGGUGGAGGUGGCGCAACAAAGGUCAGGGCGGGAUCCAAGGCUGGGCUUACUCAAUUGGUGCUCAAGCCUCGUGGCCGUCCGCCUGUACACCCUCCUGGAGAUGGUUAUGAUUCCGAAGCCAGCGACAACGAGGUUGAUCCGGCCAUUGAAGAGCAGUUUGUCCUGCGCAUGAUGCCCGGAGAGCAUGCUGAUUAUGUUCGCUGGUGCUUGGAAAAUGGCAAGAUUGGACUGCCCAAGUCGGCGGGAGGGGCUGAUAUUCACAUCAAAUUCUUUGAAGAAGACACUCGACGUGGCUUUAUCAUGGUCAAAGGCCAGUGCUAUGCGACUGUCAUGGUUGACCUGCCUACCAUCACAGAAUCGAUGAAGACGUGGGAUCGCAAGUCAUUGAUGAAGUCGGCGGACAUCUGCCAGAUGUUGCUUGUUUAUCAAGCCGUUAAGAGCGAGGAGGAAGCAAGGCAUGCGCCUCUGCCAAGUAUCAUCGACUCCAGCUUUAAAUGGCCGCACGGCCUGACGCCGCCAAUGCACGACUGCGUGAAUCGACGAUUUGCCAAGACUAUCAGCCGGAAAGAAAUCGAGGACAAAGAAGCAGAAGUCGAACGGCUACUUGCAGAGGAUGCUAAGUGUGCCUCCACGAAAUGGGAGUGGAUUGAUGAGCGGGACGGCGCCGAGGAAGAUGGAGAAGAAGAUGCUGAGGGCGAGAUGGACGACACCUUGGGCUACUUUGACCAGUCGCAUGUGUCAAUGGCCCUUGAAGAGGACAACGACUUUGAUCUUGAAGCUGACCUAGAGGCAGCGUUUGCUGAUGAACUAUUCGCUGAGACUCCUGCUACUGCCAUGGAUACUCAGACACCUGCUGCGCUUGGUACUCCUGCUACGACGGCGGCCCUUCAGCAGAGCAUUGAGGCCAGCGAAUCUGAUGAGGACGACGAUGAUGACGAUGACGAUGACGAUGACGACGAUCUUGAUGAAGAUGCUCGCGCCCAACGUGACGAAGAACAGGGCGUCAAAGAGAUGAUCAACGACCUCAAAAAGCAGCUCGCCGCUCGUGUGGCCGACUUUGAAAGAACGCAGAACAAGAUUCUCAGAACCCGUCUGGAGAACCAGAUUAAGCAGCUCAAGUCUGAAAUCGAGCUUAAACAAUCUUCUAUUGGCAUUGAAGCGGAUGAUUAA